GACUUGGUGAUCUCGGCUUCCAGAGGGAAAUCGACUAAUGUUUGUUUUGCCAGACCCAGCCAUCAUUGAGGCGAGCUUGAGACCAGACCCCAAGAGCGACCAUGUCCCUUUGACGUCGUCCACGAUAAAUCUAUGAUACGCCUAUGCCCAUGGAUUGCGUAUGACGUGUUCAGAUUUCACAUGUCCGGACACACCAAGGCUGGUGAAGCAACCAUUGACACUAGCGAACCGGACGACAUUGGCUUGCGACCAAGAUUUCCCGAUUUCCCGAUUGUGUUCAGGCUGCCUUCUUAUGUGUGUGUUCUCGACAGACAACAGACGGGGGUCCAACGUAGCUCACCAUGGCCUGCCCCUUUUUGUCUCUGGUCAACCCUCCCCAAACAGACAGUUUCGACCGAAAAGUUUCAGAUGGUACGAAGCGCAACAGUUGCCCUCUGUAGCAAGUACUACGGUUCAUGCCCUGGCCGCAUUGGGGCUAGCAAGCCUCGAACGCACGUGCCAGUUUUCAACCUUACCGCUCGAGAGUCGCACGACCAUAGUGCUGGCUCGGCGUGGCCUCGUGUUGGGCCGGAAACCGGCUACCGCCUUCGUGCCUACCCAUGUCAACCAACCGUCGUCCGCAUGCCUGCAGAAAGGCAAUAUGGGAAGCACGGGUCACGACCGACUUGGGGGCCGCCAUCCACGACGGACAAUCCAUCCUCCAUCGGAUUCUCUCCUUUCUCUCUUCCCCCGAUCGACUCGAUCAGUUACCCAAACUAUUUCGAAUUCUUCCUUAUACGAAGCAAGGUUCUCGAGAGAGGUUGCGUCUGGCCUAGCCCUUCGAUCUCCCCACCUCGAGCCCCAAAUUUGGCUGGUCCACCUGCACAUGUCUCGGCCCAUCUUAGGUCGGUGUAUUUCCCGUCUCUUUCUCUCUAUGCGCUUCUCCGGAUGACCCAAAGAAUGGUCAGGUACCGUCGUUGACGGCUCGACUAAAAUCUGGGUUGCGUUUCAUCCUCGUAGAAAGAAACACCCUCGUCUUUUGUCUUCAUGUUUUAUCUGUUUCUAUUUUUUCCCCCUCUCUCCUCCGGAUGAACAACGCACAGGUAUUUAUUUGGCCAUGUCUCUUGUGUUUAUGUCUUGUUGCAGUGCCCACCCGGUGGAGGUGGAGUUUCCCCUUGCGGAGAUCGUGGAUCAGACGACGGGGUUAACGCCAUGAUUUGCGACGGAACCCCCCAAAUCUGAUGCAAAAGGGGACGUACGCGACUAGGACCGGCAUUUCACCAGGGUCCCAGCCCCGGAGAAUGGAGUACCCUUUCAUUGCCCUACUCUACUCUCGUCGUUCUCGACUUGUCAACAUCUCGUAAUCACUUUCGGGUUAACUCCCGUCCCUGUCAAGUUCACAAUGCACUAAGAAUACUCCUCUGAAA